GAUCCAGCUCCUGAAGACCUCCUUGCUGCUGAGGAACAGCAGAAACACAGCGUCCUGGACAAGAACCAGAGUGAACGCUGUGUACAUCCCAAAGACGGCCCCAUCACAUCAGAGAGCCGUCAUCCUCAUCUGUCUGUUAGUGCUGCUGAGAUUGAUGGAGGAAGAGAGGAGGAAGGGAGAGAAGAGAAGAAGAAGAAGAAGAGCUUCUGGAAGUGGCCUGCUCUUCACUUUCCUUGCAGUGGAGCUGGAACAUAUGAUCUGGCCGAAGUGGAAGAGAAAUACUGGACAGAGGCGGGAACGCACUGGAGAGAUAGUGAUGGUACAAUCACAAAAACAUGUCAUGAUGAUGCAAAUAUUGAUAAAUGACUGAUUCUUCAAUUACAGAAACUUUUCUUACUCUUCCUUUCCAUUAAGGAAAAGAAAAACACUGCUCACAUUAUCACACCAAACAUUUUUGAGUGACAGUAACAUUUUCUUAAACUUUACUCUUUUUUUAGGAUAUUAAUUCAAAACUUGUGCUAAAUCUGUUAGUAGACCAAAGUGUUCACGAGCACAGCGUACAACCCAAAGACUCCCCCACCAGGUCUGAAGAGACGCCUGUUAGUGCUGGUGAGAACGAUGGAGGGAGAACGGAGGCAGGGAGAGAGGAAGUCCUCUCUACUGAGGAACAGCUCGUGCAGGACAUCCUGGACAAGGGCCACAAGCAAUAUAAAAUCGGCCGCAUGCUUGGUGAAGGAGGAUGUGGGAGAGUUUAUGAAGGGACUCGCUGCGAGGAUGAACUUAAGGUGGCUGUGAAAUGUUCAGAGAAGUCGUCAGACAUGUCAUACAUCAGAGUGCGUGGUCAUCCCAAACGUCUGCCAAUGGAGAUUGGCCUGAUGCUCAUGGCCAACAAUGGCCCCAGCGUUUCCCAGAUCAUUAAGCUGCUUGACUGGGAGGAUGACACAGAUCACUACGUGAUAGUCAUGGAGCGACCAGUGCCUUGCGUGGAUUUGUUUACUUUUGUGGAUGAUGAAGAAAAGCUUGACGAGGGGAUUGCUAGAAAUAUUAUGCGGCAGAUCAUUGAUGCCGCUAAAACUUGCUGUGAUCGUGGCGUCUUCCAUCGUGAUAUAAAACUGGAGAACAUCUUGGUGAACCAGGACACCAUGGAGGUCAAAUUAAUUGACUUCGGCUGCGGUGCAGUCAUGAAGAGAUCUGCCUUCAAAUCCUUUUGUGGCACGAAAGAGUACUGUCCACCUGAGUUCAACUUGAAGAGCAGGUACAAAGCAAAGCCAACCACAGUGUGGACACUAGGGUUCAUCUUGUUUGAAAUGCUGUGCGGGGAUUGCCCUACAUCCAUCGAUCGACACAAGAUCACUGUGAACCUCUGGACCAGACCUGGCUUGUCAAAAGAAUGCUGCCAGAUGAUUUGUGAUUGUCUGCAGCCUGAUCCACAGAAGAGACUCAGUCUGGACAAGAUGCAUCUCCACGACUGGUUUAAGGUCACAGAGUAAAACACAACCUCAGAAAACAACUCCUGUCAUGGCCACCCUGUUGUUUUUAUUUUGUUUAUUGGUUUUGUUUGUGCGCGGCAGUCGUCUGUGAGAGGCUGUUGCGCUGUAUUGUGUUUAUUUUAUUAUUAAAGCUUUAUUUAAAUG